AUAUGAAAAAGAUGCAGAAACUCGUUUUUAUUCUAAUAUCUUAUCGCCAGUUGAUACAUUAUUAGAAACGAAAGGAACAAUGUUUUGUGUGAGAUGUCCUGGAUUUUUGGGUUCUCUUGAUUAUGUUUUAUGCACUAGUGAUUACACAGUGUUUAGUGCAAUGGCCUAUAAUGGUCUUCAUUACGACAUAUUAUCAAAUUAUAGUAAUACAUACUUUCUCAAGCGAGAAGAAGCAAGUUCACCAUAUCUGUAUGUUACUCACGUCAUUCAACCUGAUGAUACCAAUCUGAUUUUACGCGAAUGCGUUUACUAUAUAAGUCAACUUGCUAUUAAUGAUAAUGCCGAUAUAUGUUUACCUC